AUGUUCUCGCUCUUCCGGAAGAAUCUGGAUUUCGGGAUCCUACCGGGCGGCAUGGAGGAGGUCGCGCUCUACUCGCAGAACCGGGACCGCGUCUUCAUCCGCAAGCGCGCGGGCUUCAUCAAGUACGCGCUGCAGCACGGCUACAACCUCCAGCCCGCGUUCACGUUCGGCGAGUCGGACAUCUACGCGUCCCUCCAACACCCGCUCUACCGGAGGCUGUGCCUCUUCACGCUCAAGCACGCGGGCUUCGUGAUCCCCGUCUUCUGGGGGCCGCGCUGGUACUGCCCGCUCCUGCCCCGCGACGACGUCGCGCUCCACACGGUCAUCGCGCACCCGGUGAAGCUGCCGAAGAUCGAGCAACCGACGGCGGACGACGUCGCGCACUGGCACGGCCGCUACGUCGCGGCGCUCCAGGCCAUCUACGACGACCACAAGGCCCGCUUCGGCUACGGCCACCGGGAGCUCGACCUCCAGUAA